AUCCAAGGUACGAGGUACUACAAACACGUCAAGCCAUCCCUCUCUAUUUUUUUUUCUUCUCUUCCACCUUUUCUUCUUCGCGUCCAUCAUCUAAACUCUCAACCGUUUCCUUACACCUUCGACGUCCUAGACAAAUAUUCUUCGUCGAUCUUCAGGACUAUUAGAUCAUUCCUAUUUCUUACAACUCGCCACAGUUCACAAACCCAAACAUCCUCUACAACAUUCUUCGAGUACACUAGAUCAAGUCGCCAAGAUGCAGUUCUCUAAGGUCCUCGUUACCAUGGCCAUGAUCGCUACUGGCAUGGCUACAUCCAACGUUGAGGUUGUCAAGAAGGAAGAGUCUUCCUGCACCUGCGAGGGUGUCACGGUCACCAAGACGGUCCCCGCUACUGACACUACUGGCGAGGCCUACACUCCCAGUGGUGGUUACCCCGGCUACCCCACGGACACCCCGUCUACUGUCCUCGUGACUGCUACUCCCUCUUCCUACGUGACCGGUUCUGAGACCACCACCCCGGUCAUCGGCUCUGCCACCGAGACUCUCUCUCUAUCGACCACUGAGUCAACCGAGACUGGAACCAUUGAGACUGGAACCGGCAGCACCACUGCUUCUGUCACUGAGACUACCAACACCGCACCCUACGUCACUAGCAGUGGCAGCACCACCGAGACCCAUUCCUCUCACACCACUAGCGUGGCCACCAGCGAGUCUCACUCUCACUCGAGCACUCAGCCUACUCCUAGCCCCUCUGAGAGCGCCCCUCCCACCUCGGCUGCUGCUUCUCUGCCCAUUGGUACCCUAGGCAUGAGCGGUAUUCUCGGUGGAGCAAUGCUCAUGGCGCUAAUCAACUACAUCUAAGGGGAGAGAAAAGGCUGCUUGAUAGGGGAUAGGGAUACUUUCGCAACGGAGCAAAAAUGUUCUUACGAUCUCACGCGUUCGAUUCAUUU